CCCCGGCCCGUGAUUGACAGUUCAGUUGGCACAAGGCAAGCCGUGCAGUCGCGCUGCCGCCGUCACUCACUCUCACAUGUAUACGAUUGUUGCUGCUUAGCCCGUUUGUUGUGCGAUCCGUCGGCGACUUUGUUGAAACAGUGCAAAUUGCAGUGAGUGCAUCCCCGAAAGUGCGUGCGAGAGUGCGUGUACUGAGUGCGAAUAACAAAGCAGUGUCCGUGUCGUGCAAGUUGACCCAGCGCGUAGGCCCGGUCCUUCGCGCUUCGUUUUCGGUGCUCUCGCGGUUCAACACAAGCAGCAAAAGUGGCUUUAAUGGCGCAGCCAAGGUAUGACGACGGGAUACAUCCGUACACGAUGGAGAACCCGCCACCGUCCAUGUACGAUCCACACGUGGGCCACCGGCCCCUGCAGUCCCUUUCGCAUCAUUCGCCCCACAUGAACCACGCGGGCAUGCACCAGUACCACGGCAACCACGUGAGCACCCCCGUCUCCAACCAUGUCAUGGGCAACGUCCCGGACGUCCACAAGCGGGACAAGGAUGCGAUCUACGGGCAUCCGUUGUUUCCGCUACUCGCACUUAUUUUCGAAAAGUGCGAAUUGGCCACAUGCACACCCCGUGAGCCGGGGGUGGCCGGCGGCGACGUCUGCUCGUCCGAGUCCUUCAACGAGGACAUCGCCGUCUUCUCCAAGCAGAUACGCCAAGAGAAGCCCUACUACAAUGCUGACCCGGAGGUGGAUUCACUUAUGGUACAAGCGAUACAAGUGCUGCGGUUUCACCUGCUCGAGCUGGAAAAGGUUCACGAGUUGUGCGAUAACUUCUGUCAUCGAUACAUAAGCUGUCUGAAGGGCAAAAUGCCGAUCGACCUGGUCAUUGAUGAAAGAGACUCGUCAAAACCGUUGCCAGACUUGACAGGUUCGACCAAUGGCAACGACGGCACCCGCAGCAACGCUGACUCCACCUCACACGACGGGGCAAGCACACCUGAUGUGAGGCCUCCCUCGUCAUCCCUGUCUUACCCUGGGCCUGGCAAUGACGACGUCAGAUCACCUGGUUCAGGUGGCACGCCAGGCCCUCUUUCCCAACCUCCCAGUUCCCAACAAAGUGGUGACAAUGGCAGUGAAGCAGGUGAGUUUCACUGGAAGAAUCCAAACAUGACUCAUCCGUCACUCCUAGCACAACAAGGUAAAUGGUGUCCUAGACGAGAGUGGUCAGCGACAGACAGUCGUUCUGAAGCGCGCAGAGGGGUCCUAUAUUCGUCAGUAUUUUUGGGAAGUCCUGUAAUGUCGCCGGGCGACGCGAGUAACGCGAGUAUCGGCAGUGGCGAGGGUACCGGCGAGGAGGACGACGACACGGGAGGCAAGAAGAAUCAAAAGAAAAGAGGCAUUUUCCCCAAAGUAGCAACCAAUAUCCUGAGAGCGUGGCUGUUCCAGCAUUUAACGCAUCCCUACCCUUCGGAGGAUCAGAAAAAGCAGUUGGCACAAGACACUGGCCUGACAAUACUUCAAGUCAACAACUGGUUUAUCAAUGCGAGACGACGAAUCGUCCAACCUUUGAUAGACCAAUCAAAUAGAGCAGGUGCUAGUGUUUUCUCGCCGCACGCAGGUCCUAGUGGGGCGUACAGUCCGGACGCCAGCAUGGGCUACAUGAUGGAUGGGCAGGCGGCGCAGAUGAUGCAUCGGGCGCCGGGCGACCCCGCGUUUCACAACGAGUACCACUACCCAGCGCAGUACUACGGGCACCAUCUGUAGCACCUGCAAAACAGUUAUUGCCAAAUGAGUUCCGACUCGGCCCGCACCGGCGAAGCAGGCGCCAGCACUGUCGAGAUGAAGGGCGACCCUUGAGGCGGCGGGCCACGCAGAGCCAGGGACUUGCCACCGUGUUUUUUACAAAAAUAUUUAUGAGAGAAAAUGAAGAAUGUGACCACGACGUCAUAGAUACCACGUGAUACGAUAAUUUUUAUUAUUUCCUCCGAUCUCCUCGCUCAAGAGUGACGUGUUUCGUUUGUGUUUUGUACUGUAUAUGUAAAUAGCCCAUCAACAAUCCUCGCUGAGCCACCGAUUUCGACUUUUUAUCUUCGGUACAAAGCGGACUACGUAGUGAUAUUACACACACACACACACACACACUCACACACAAACACACACUCAACACACACGUGACACUUAACGGAAAUUUACACGUACACACAGCAUACACUUUCUCACGUAAAAAACAAAAACACUAGUAAAGAAAAGAGAGUACUACACACACCGACACCCACGACGAAAGAAAUGAUGAAUUAAAAAGAAAAACCGGCGAAGUGCACCGCAGAAGAGGAAAUUUCUGCAGCAGAUACAUCCAGUAUACGUGUGCGUGCGGCGUGUUUGUAUAAAUAGCAAGAGAGGGACGUGCCACGGACGCUCUUUCAAAGAACACACACACAACCGCCGAACAAGAAACAAACAGAACUCUUGCGGUGUGUGUGUGUGUGUGUGUACGCGCGCGUGUGCGUUUGUUUAAAAUUCGAAUGAAUGCAUAAAUGCGAGGAUCGUUUUAUUCUGUAAGCGUUGAUUAAAUCCUAGAGACUGCUGCUGCUCCGACGUAGACGAAACAACACGAACACUCACACACAAACAAACAUGUACGUAAUGAGAACGAACUAUAGGACUACUUAUGACGAACUCUUAUUGGAAGCAGACAGAGCGAAAUCCGCGAGUGAAUUGUUAACUAACUGAUGGUGUCCUUCUUGUUUCGGUGUUUGCGAGGACCUGCCGAGGCGUCUUGAGUAGCGCGCGCGUGUGAUACAUUCAUCAAUCAAGCAAGAAAGCAACCAACCGACCGACCGACCCUGUACACGUACCGUCUUAGGAGCCCUGCCGUUUUGCUGAAAGCGAGACGCGCGAACAAGCAAUAAGCUGCUGUUGCCUUCGGACGGACGCCGCCACCGCUGCUGCUGCCGCUGCUGCGAUUCGAUUCGGACAGGAGGGCCAUCGAGACGGGCACGACCAACCACAUACACACACACUCACUUACAAGGUACCUCAGGCGAAACGGAAUACCUUUUUUAUCGUUCUGUUCGUUGCGAGAACGAGUGAGAGAGAGAGAAAGAAAGAAAGAAAAACAAACACAAAUAAAUACGGAGACGAAUGUUGUAAACUUAAAAAUGAAUUAGUGCGAUGCAACCCAGUGAAGAUGCGGCGUGUGUAGGAAUGUAGAACGCAAAUCAUCACCAUUGAUCAUCAUCAUGUUUAAUCUUCCACGCGACAUUUUAUCUCCUGCAGCUCCUGCGCUCUUUGAUAUUCGAAAACUAUAGCUUUGCAAAUACGAAAGAAACGAGACUACUCGAGAUGACUCUCCUUGUCCUCUUGUUUUGCAAUCGUCAUCAGUGUUGUGCCGUGAUACAUACAACAAAGCAGCUUUCUGUUGACCGAAAAGUUACUUGGUAUGAUUUCGUGCCCCUCGCCACCCUCCCCUCUUCAACCUCUUCAAACGCAGACAGACAGACGGGCCCUUUUUACAUCUCUGUUCUUACCUUAUAUUCUCUCUCGAAAUCUCCGAAACACUCAGGUGAAGAUUUUACUUAAGACGAGACACACACUCUAAAUGAAAAAUCAUUAUGUAAAUGAUAUAGAAAUCUCUGCCGCCGCUGUGGAUAAUUUUUUGUAUUGUCCAGCUCUUAUUGAUUGUAAUUUACUACUCGAGACGGAUUUCGAAUGUUUUGUUUCUGUUAUGUAAGUACGCUAUUACCUAACAAGCUAUUGUGUAAAAAUUUACAUAGGGACAUUGCCAAGAUUAUUGUUUGUGAAAAAUAGUCGGUUUGUUAACUUUAAGGAUGAGAGAGAGUGCUAUCUAUGUUGUUUCAAUGUGCAAAUUUAUAAUUUAAAAAAGAUGGAUGCGAAAUAAAAUGUGUACCUCAAUUCACAAAUUGAAUAAUAAACAAUUUAAAUAAUUUAAAACAAAAGA